AUGAAUAAUAUUCAUAAUAUUAUUGAAUUUAUUGAUGAUGUGAAUAAUAUUGGAGGUAGAAGACCUCAAGUGUAUAAAGAUAGGCCCAAUUUAUAUGAAAUAUUAACCGACGAAGAAUUUAAAUACAGAUUUCGUUUAUCGAAAAGUUGCGUAGAUUAUUUAUUAUCAUUAUUAGAAGGAAAGCUAAAAACAGCUACUGACCGGAAUAUGACAAUGUCACCAAUGAACAAAGUACUCAUUACACUGCGUUUUUAUGCAUUGGGGACUAUGUUAAUAUCAGUGGCCGAUAUGUUUGGUGUUAGUAUAUCUUGUGCUAGUAAAACAAUAAGAGAUGUUUCGUACGUGAUUGCCGAAUUGAGUAGCAUAUUUAUACAAAUCCCUGUACAUAAUAUUAAAGAUACAAAAAUGAAGAUGUACGAAAUAGCAAGAUUUCCAUUAGUCUUCGGUGCCAUUGAUUGUACACAUGUACGAAUUCAAUCACCAGGAGGUCAUGAUAGUGAAAUUUUUCGAAAUCGUAAAGGAUAUUUUUCUUUGAAUGUGCAAGCCCUUGUGAAUUCAGAAUUGCAGUUUAUGGAUAUUGUAGCUAGAUGGCCAGGUUCAGCACAUGACAGUCACAUAUGCCGAAAUUCAAGAUUAUUUGCUAGGUUAGAAUCUGGAGAAUUUCAGAAAAUGGCUAUCCUAGGUUCCAUUAUCAGUUAUUGCACAACAGCUGGUUUCAAUAGCCAAUGA